AUGCGUUACACCUCCCCGGAAGAUGAUCCCAAAAACCAUAAUAAAUUUCUUACCCCCAUCAGUGGCAAUAGGGGUGCGGAUCCUGCUUCGGAAUCCAGACAACUCCCGAACCAGUCCGUGCCGAAAAUUUGGCUUAAUUACCAAAAUUCACAUGUCACUCAGUUCAGAUGUGCUUCUGGGCCUAACCCAGGCGCACAAGCGGUGCAAUUUCAUCCAUCUCACAGUGCUAGGAGCUUUAGCCCGAAUUCUUUAUCAAGGAAAACUCAAGGGAGCACAAGCAGUCCUACAUUGACCGAUAUUCCGCCACAGAAAACUAGUUCGGUAGCAUCUUCAACUGCUGGAGAUUAUUAUUUCUUGGCCAGCGGUCUAAUCCUAAAUAAUAAGUCGGAUAUUCCAUCGAAUGAUUCUACUCCAAAGCCAUAUCAGCAGUACCUCCUCCAAUCAUCUAAACCGACUAAGCCAAGUCUGGCCAGUUCUCGUAUUCCCUCAGUCGGUUCUCAACAAGGGAGCGGGAAUAUACCUAGUAACUCUACUAGUAACCUCCCUUCUCAUCAGUCAAUUUCAAGAUCAGUGUCAUUGCAGUACUCUUCUCCUUUGGAGGCUCAUACCACACACCCUCAUCAAUCCAGCCAUUUCGCGGAGCGUAGAGAAGCCAAGCUAUCUCAUUCAGCCGUCCCUAUCUCUGUUCCCAUUUCAGUUUCUACUGCCGAGUAUCGACCCAAUCCACCACCGGGCCUUUACGAAAGUCAAUAUCAGGGCGAUUCCACAAGUAUUAUACCCACUACUACUCAAAACAUUAAACGCCAGUCCAUGCCCAAAGUAGAUUGUUUAAAUGUUACUGGAAAUAUGCAACACAAUGUAUUUCAGAAUGGCAGGCGGUCUGUGAGUACUGGUGAUUUUCCUGGUCAGAUCCACGGCAUCCUAGGUAUCCAGGAUAGUCAGUACCCAAACCCCCAGUAUUUGCAGGUUCCUGGGCAAAACGCUCCUCCUACGAUGACUCACAUGGGGCCAAUAAACCCAGUUAUUAUGCCCCACCAGCCCAUUGCCUAUCCUGGUUAUGUUCAACACCACGGGUAUCAGCAGCAACAGCAACAACCAAUACAUACGGCUCGACAGCAUAUAAAUAUGCAGAUACAACAUCUGCAGUUGCAGCAACAACAUAUCAGGAUGCAGCAGCAUCAAAUUCAAAUACAGCAACACCAGAAUCACAUACCACAGCAGCAGCAGCAGCAGCAGAUGGCCAAUGCGUACCCAGCCCAUCAGCUUCACCCCCAACAGACCCAGCAAUUACAAGCACAGCCGCAAUUUGGACAGUACGAUGCAAACGGAUUCCAGUACUAG